CAGGAUCCAGAUGAUGAAGGGUACUCGGGAGUCCUUGGGGUCCAGCCCCAAAGAGAUGGAUGAUUAUAAUUCCUGGUAAAAUCUGGAGCCAUGGACAUGAAAGCUAACUGAGGAGACAGCAGCAAUGCUGACACUGUGCCUUAAUUACCUGCCACAGGGACAAUCAACACAACUGUCUGGGCUUGCCUAGUAUCGUCCAUCUGUCUGGGGAGAGAAUACUUGAGACAGACUCAUGGCCAACCAUACCCAUGGCUGGGCUUGGGCAACGAGAAUGUAGACGAGAGUCAACAGGUCUGUGGGAUUUGAGAUGCAGCUUAGGUGUUUCGUUCUGCCAUUGGUCUCUUCCCAGCUGCUCUCCUCAUAUCUUCUCCUCCCUCCUUCCUGCCUGCCUCCUCAACUGGAAAAGACUGGAGGCCUCCUGCAAAGCUUGGAUGAAAGUCUUCGGCAGAGAGUGCUCACAGUGAAGGUAUCCAUACCCAAUAACAAUUCUAAAUGACACCCAAACCACCCGCCCAUUUCCGAAUAGGAGACAACAAAUCAUCAGAAGACAUUGUGUAACGUGUGAAUCUCUUCUGGACUGAGGCCCACCUCUGUGGUUUGGCAACACAACUAACAUAGCAUCUUUUUUCUCAUCUCCUGGGGGAAAAGCCAACAAAGAGGAAGCAGCCAGAAAAUAAAGUAGUGAAGGCCAAGGAACAGAGCAAGCAGUCCUUGCUGGAAAGCACACCCCUGACAGAAACCCCAAGAUGCCUUCUCAGAAGGAACGCACCAAGAAGAGUCUCACACAGAGGCUGACCCUGAAGAGCCAUGUAGCUAAGGAGACAGUCUCUGAGUUCCUGGGAACCUUUAUAAUGAUUGUCCUUGGAUGUGGCUCUGUUGCCCAAGCAGUCCUCAGCCGAGGACAUUUUGGUGGAAUCGUCACUAUCAAUAUUGGAUUUGCAUCAGCAGUUGUGAUGGCUAUCUAUGUCACUGGAGGUGUCUCUGGAGGCCACAUCAACCCAGCUGUGUCUUUUGCAAUGUGUGUCUUUGGAAGGAUGGAGUGGUUCAAGUUCCCCUUUUAUGUGGGAGCCCAGUUUUUAGGAGCCUUUGUGGGAGCUGCAGCUGUCUUUGGUGUUUACUAUGAUGGACUCAUGGCCUUUGCUGAUGGAAAAUUGCUCAUCGUGGGAGAAAAUGCAACAGCGUUCAUUUUUGCAACAUACCCAGCUCCAUUCAUAUCCCUGCCAAAUGCCUUUGUAGACCAAGUGCUGUCUACCAUGUUCCUUCUUCUGAUUGUCUUUGCCAUUUUUGACUCCAGAAACAUUGGGGUUCCCAGGGGCCUGGAGCCCGUUGUCAUUGGUCUCCUGAUUAUUGCCCUUUCUUGUUCUCUGGGCCUCAACACUGGCUGUGCCAUGAACCCAGCUCGAGACCUGAGCCCCAGGCUCUUCACUGCUCUGGCAGGAUGGGGGUUUGAGGUCUUCACAGUUGGAAAUAACUUCUGGUGGAUCCCUGUCGUGGGUCCCAUGGUUGGUGCUUUCUUUGGAGGCCUCUUCUACAUUCUUUUUAUCCAAAUGCAUCACUCAGAGCCCAACUCGGAAGUGAAGGCAGAGCCAUCUGAGAACAAGCUGGAGAAAUGUGAACUCAGCGUCAUCAUGUAGCGGCGUGAUCCGGCCUAGAUUUACUAUUCAUUUACUAUGCUCUCUUCAGAAAAGAUGGCCUCUGUGUGGUAUGCUUUGGUGAGAAUUGGGGUGGGUGGGGGGAGUCUACCCAAUUUUCUCUAGCCAUUUGGGACAAGCAAUCGCAAAGGCAGUCGUGACAAACUCCACCAGUCACCCCUCCCAAGAAAAGCACUGACUGUCCCCUGAGACAGCUAUCUCUCCUGCCUAGUUUAUUGCGUCUUUGAUGGAAGCCCUUACUCCCAGGUGACCGCUACAAAUUUGGAAGCUUGACCAUAGACUUGGCUGGAUGGCCUCAGAGACCUUGAUUACCCUGUAUGAAAUAGUGUCGCUGAAGACUCUGUCUUCACCAUCUACAAAUGCAACGUUCUGAAACGGAUAGGCCUAACCGUGGCUGCGCUUAACACCUAAGAAAAGGGGAGCAAAGGGUUAACACUCCACUGAGCUAAGUGCUGUCUCUGCAAAGAUGCUGAUAUUCUCCCAACUUGGGGCUGUAGAAAACAGAAGACAGCAGCUGGAAAGAGCUCUGUGGCAUUUAGAAACCUCAGGACACAGGAUAAAUUUGGGAAACUGAAUUUGGGAAACUGAAUGGCUUUUUUUUUAUGGAAACCAUUUGUCAGAUUAAUCUCUUGCUCUUCUGCAUUUUAUAUGGCAUCAAUUAAUUUCCAGGUCCUUAAGUGUAUAAUAACCUAAAAUAUGAUUGUAACCGUGGUUGUGAAAAAUAUAUCGCUCUGUCUUUUUUAGUACAAAUAUGUUUCCCUAGUGGCUCAGUUGAGGACAGACCUCUUGAGUAGUCUGUGACUGCACUCAUCCAUGUCCCCAGAAGCCCAAACUAGAAGCUAGUGGAAGCUGACUGGGCAGACUGAAGUUGAGGGUAGAAAAAUCCCUGGGAUGAACACAUGAGAGACAGACUUUAUCACUGACAAAAGCAAUGGUUUGAGGUAAAUAAUCAUAGCAACCAUUUUUCCAAAUAAAAAUCUCAUUGAAUUAA